GCCUUCCGAUGAAACUUGGACUGUGUCGAUUACUAGCUGGGUUUUCGCUGUUUUUCGGUCAGUAUUACGAUCUGAAAGACGUCAUCGCCACUGCCAAUAAGGUGACAUUGCGUAGUAACCUUGGCGUUGUACACAUGUACAGAAGACGAUCUUCGACGGUUGGAAAUCAUUCAGUUUUGGAAGCAAACACUCGGAAGGAAUACAAUCUUAUUCAUACUGGCGCUGCGUAUCGCUUAGUUGGAGCCAAUGCUCGGGAACAGUGGUUGCUGGCGAAGAGGCUCGAUGUUCAUGCGAGGGAGUUUAAUCGUGAACGGAAAGCGACUGAACGUUUAGCACGUUCUCUUCUCAUUUCAGCUAGGCGAGUUGAAAAGGUUGGAAACUCUCACUACCAGCCAGUUGCCAUCUCGGACAGAGGUGCCAAACCUAGAGCACACUCAAGUCUUGAACGUCGCGUCGUUAGCAGAGAGGGUCAACGAGACUUGAUUCGAGCAUCGUCGCGCGCAGCUUUUGCAACGACUACUACCACCAAGAGAGGAAAGAGCCGUACACGUCCAACUAGGGUAGGUGGUUCUGCUAGCGGUUCUUCAUCCUGCACUACCGCGGGUUAUGAAAUGCCUGCAAUUUCUGGAGCUGUUCAGAGACCUGUCAUUCCAGAAAUUUAUGUAGAAUGUGUUGAUCCUGAUCCACAUGUUGCGUUGUUGGCAGAAGAUAAGGACAUACCUUAUGGAGGCUCUAGACUUGUCGAGAAUGAACACUUCUUAACUGUUGGGACUAGAAUCUCAGCAAAUGAAGGGAGAAUGUCGUCUCCGGUCAAUGAGAUAUACUCUGCAAGUCAGCAGUUGUGUUCCAGACAACAGCAAAGGGGUUUUACACCUAUAGCUGUGUCUGACAAUCACGAAAACAAAGUGGAUACAGUUGAUGCUAAAGGUCGGUGUUCGUCUGCAGGACACAUUCAGAAGCAGAAAACAAAUUUAGUAAAGUCAGGUGAUGGUAAAUCUUGUUCUUCACUUGCAACAGUGAAGCGCCCAUCAUCACCAAGGAUGGCAAGGGAGCAUAGUGACCUGAUCGGUCAGAUGAAAGGUUUGUUGUCUUCUUUACCCGUAAGAGAAGACUCUCCGACGUACAGGAAGCGUUCUGGAAACCGGUGGUACAAGCUACGGGAUUCGAACAGUAUCGAACAACUAAGAGAAGUUAAAUACAACAAGCAGCUACAGUGAAAGUAUCACAGACAACUUUUUAGAUCAUAGGGCUACGUCAUAUGUGAUUGCUUGGGGUUCUGGUAAAGCGAAAUCAGUAGUAAUGCUCACGUACUUUACAGUGUGCUGCACUAGCUUGAUAGAUGGCUGAAAGAAGUUUUUAGUAGUGUGUCUUUGACAUACCACUAAUGUGCUAACUUGUGCGCUUUAAUUAAUUAACAGGUCCGAACUAUGUGAUGUCACUCUUUUACAGCUUCCUGAUGACUUCUGCAUAGCUAUAGUGAAGCACCUAACGGGCAAGUGUCAUCCAUACAGAUGAGUACUGCUGUACCUUUAAUUC